AUGGUGGUGCAGGGGGCUGUAACCCCGGGUAGGGCCCGAAGACUCAUGCUCAAACUACCGGUGGGAACGUUACGACGGAACAGUGGAGAGAGGAUGACAGAGGGGCGGCGAUGUCAGGUCCAUCUCCUGGACGACAGGAAGCUGGAGCUCCUCGUACAGCCCAAACUGAUGGCCAAGGACCUGUUGGAUCUGGUGGCCUCCCACUUCAACCUGAAGGAGAAGGAAUACUUUGGCAUCUCCUACACAGAUGAAACGGGUCAUUUCAGCUGGCUGCAGUUGGACCGAAGGGUUCUAGAACACGAGUUCCCCAAGAAGUCUGGACCCAUCGUACUGUACUUCUGUGUCAGGUUUUACAUAGAGAGUAUUUCCUACCUGAAGGACAAUGCUACUAUCGAACUCUUCUUCCUCAAUGCUAAGUCCUGCAUAUACAAGGAGCUCAUUGAGGUGGACAGUGAGGUGGUUUUUGAGCUGGCCUCCUAUAUACUACAGGAGGCUAAAGGUGACUUCACCAGUAACGACGUGACGAGGUCAGACCUGAAGAAGCUUCCAGCUCUGCCGACUCAGGCCCUGAAGGAACACCCAUCUCUGGCAUACUGUGAGGACCGGGUGAUAGAACACUACAAGAAGCUGAAUGGACAGUCCAGAGGCCAGGCCAUAGUCAAUUAUAUGAGCAUCGUUGAGUCUCUGCCUACAUAUGGAGUACAUUACUACACUGUUAAGGAUAAACAGGGCAUCCCGUGGUGGCUGGGCCUGAGUUAUAAAGGAAUCUUCCAGUAUGACUACCAGGACAAGGUCAAGCCCAGGAAGGUGUUCCAAUGGCGUCAGCUGGAGAACCUCUACUUCAGAGAGAAGAAGUUCUCAGUGGAAGUUCAUGACCCCAGGAGGGCGUCGGUGACCAGAAGGACGUUUGGCCACAGUGGUAUAGCUGUCCACACCUGGUACGCCUGCCCUGCUCUCAUUAAGUCUAUCUGGGCCAUGGCCAUCAGCCAACACCAGUUCUACCUGGACCGCAAGCAGAGCAAGUCUAAGAUCCAUGCGGCUCGUAGUCUCAGUGAGAUAGCCAUCGACCUGACAGAGACUGGCACUCUGAAGACAUCUAAACUGGCCAACAUGGGCAGCAAGGGCAAGAUCAUCAGCGGCAGCUCUGGCAGUCUGCUCUCCUCAGGUUCCCAGGAGUCGGACAGUUCUCAGACAGCUAAGAAAGACAUGCUGGCAGCACUGAGGGCCAGGCAGGAGGCUCUGGAAGAGACACUCAAACAGAGACUAGAGGACCUCAAGAACAUCUGUAUCAGAGAGGCGGAGUUGACAGGGAAGCUUCCUAAGGAGUAUCCAUUAGAUCCAGGGGAGGAGCCUCCGACAGUCAGGAGGAAGAUUGGCCCUGCCUUCAAACUGGACGAACACAAGAUCAAGCCGAAAAGAGAGGAGGAAGAGCUAGAGCGUCUAGAGAGGGAGUUUGCCAUCCAAUCACAGAUCACGGAGGCUGCGAGGCGGUUGGCCGGCGAUCCGCACGUGAGCAGUAAGAAGCUGAGGAAACAGAGGAAGACGUCGUACCUGAACGCACUGAGGAAACUCCAGGAGAUAGAGAACGCCAUCAACGAACACCGUGUCCGCUCUGGGAAGAAACCCACGCAACGCGCUUCGCUUAUCAUAGAGGAGGCCAACAUCGGCUCAGAGGACAGCUCUCUGUCGGACGCUCUGGUCCUUGAUGACGACGACCCCCAGGUGACAGGGACCCCGACCUUCUCUCCGGCAGCAUCUCCACAAAAGGGCCUCCCUCCCCGGCCUCCCUCCCACAGCCGGCCCCCUCCUCCCCAGUCCCUAGAAGGCCUUAGGCACCUGCACUACUCUCGCUCCGAAUACGACAAGUCCCCCAUCAAACCCAAGAUGUGGAGCGAAUCCUCGCUGGACGAACCCUACGAGAGGGUAAAAAAACGCUCCUCACACUCCAGUCACAGGCGGUUCCCCAGCUCUGGUACUUGUGGGGAGGCAGGAGGCAGUAACUCUCUGCAGAGUAGCCCCAUCAGGAGCCUUCCUCACUGGAGCGCCCAGUCCAGCAUGCCCUCUACCCCUGACCUGAGGACCAGGACCCCUCAAUAUGUACACUCCACCAGGUCUGUGGACAUCAGUCCCACCCGUCUGCACAGUCUGGUUCAGCACUUUAGGAACCGCAGCUCCAGCCUGGAAUCUCAGGGCAAGCUGCUGGCCUCUGACCCUGACACACACACUCACACCGACACCCUGGGAGCCCUGGGCAGCCCUGACUUCUUCCUGGCCCCAGGGACACGCAGCUCCAACGGCUCGGACCCGCUGGAUGACUGUUCGUCCUGUACUUCCCAGAGCAGCUCAGAACACUACUACCCUGGGGUAGCUCCGGGCUCCAACCCUAACUACUCCACCCUGGGAGAGGACUCCCCCUCCAAAGCCAGGCAGAGACAGAGGCAGAGGCACAGGUCUGCAGGUCACCUUGGCUCCUCUAACUCUGGCUCCAUGCCCAACCUUGCAGCCAAGAACGGAUCAGGGGGCGGUGGUACGGGGGGAGCAGGGACUGGGUCAGGGCAGCACGGGGUGUACCUCCACAGCCAGAGCCAACCCUCGUCCCAGUACCGGAUUAAAGAGUACCCCCUGUACGUAGAGGGAAGCCCCAACCCGGUGGUGGUGCGCAGCCUGGAGAGUGACCAGGAGGGCCACUACAGCGUCAAGGCCCAGUUCAAAACCUCCAGCUCCUACACAGCCGGGGGGCUCUACAAGGAGACCUGGGGGGGUGAGGAGGGGGGAGAGGGGAGUGGCAGACUCACCCCGUCCCGCUCCCAGAUUGUACGGACUCCCUCACUGGGGCGAGAGGGGGGAGGAGGGGGGAGGGCGGUGGUGUCGGACGAGCUGAGGUGUUGGUACCAGCGCUCAUCGGGCAGUCUAAAGGAGAGGAGUCACUGUGGCUCCAAUGCGUCAGACAGCGGCUCGUUGCAAGGCACUCUGGGACACGGACGAGGCAACAGGGUGGGGACGCUCGCCAAGGGAUCGCCAGCAGCUUCCCCUCACAGCCAGAGGAGUGUGACUCCCUCCAGUGAACAGGCUGCCACCCCCAUACCCCCCUGCAGCCCACAACACAUCCUCAACUGGCAGAGCGGGUCAUUCAAUGAUAGCUGUUUCCUCAGCAGUCCUCUGUGUUCAGAGCUGGCAGAUGUCCAGUGGUACGGACACGACAAGGCCAAACCUGGAACCCUGGUCUGACCUAAUGACCACCACCCACUGACCCUCAACACUGAUCCUUACUGGCACAACCUCCAACAUCUCAACUGACCCUUACAGCCCCCACCAACCUCUCCUCCAGUGCUGAUUAGAUUGGCCUUAUCAUGGGCAGGAAACCCUCAUCCAUUCCUCCCUUCAUCCAUCUUUCCCUUGAUCAGUUUCUGUGCAUAUCGGGCUUGGCUAAACUAGGGGUUCUAGGACCGACACGACUAUUGCUGUGGAACAGCCAACCAUAGCCUCCGAUCCUGAACUCUGAGCGUGAACUCUGACCUUUAAUCCCUGACCCUGAGUCUGCUCCAGUCUGAGCCCAAGGAUAACCAGGAAUGGGCAAGGGGGGAGGAUGGGUAAGCCCAGACUACACUCAGCCCACCAGGCCCUGACUCAUAUCUACCCCUGACCCCAGUGUGCUGCCAGUGUGCUCCCAUGUGUUUUGGCUCAUGUUCUGGACCUGUGUGUGUGUACGCUGGAUCUGCUAGGUUCAUUAAUUUCAUGUUUUAUGUUUUAGUUUAUUUCUCUCUAUCGUUUUCUACAACAACAACAAAAAAAUGCUGGAGAGACUCUAUUCACCCCUCUUUAUGAAAACCUUCAGAAUAUAUUUCACUCUUCAGGAAAACUGCAGAGUGGAUUAUUGGACAAUUCUAGAUUAUCUGAAAGACUAGACAAACAUACAAACAUUCCCAAAAAUCCUAAUCCCAAUCCCAACUCCUAUCCCACAACCAAAGAUCCAUCUGGCUGACCAAUGGCACCAGUCCCAUGGACACACUGGGAAAACUGGUUUAUCAUACUGGGAGUUACACCCCACAAUACUAGGAGUCCUCAAAGGAACUGAAAGACUGAUCAAUUCUACUGGGAUCCUGCUCAGCACGUCUACUGGGAUGUCAGUAAUCUGAACUGGUAGUGUACAACAGCCAGCCACACUGAUCAACUACUGGGAUGAUCCACACUUCUACUGAGCAGUGAGCUCCUGGACUGGGAUGUUUUGCCACUACUGUAUACUGGGGGACUGUGGUCAGCUGUACUGGGAGACUAUGGACAGACUGGGGGCCCUGCACAGCCAGAUCAGAGAUAGACGGGGACAGACUGUUAGCCACAGGCCACAGACACUUACUCAAGGUUUGGGCCCUGAAAGGCCAAGCCACAAUAUGCAAGGAAUCUCACUGAAAGCCAAUGUCUUGAGUUUGUGAUGGGUGAAACUGUAGCUAUAUGUGUAGCAGUUUUGGGGUUAAGACCACAUAUCGUUUGGGGUGUUUAUUUCCAAUCAUAUCUGCAGGCUUUCAGUGGUCUAUUUCAUCUGGCUCCACCCCUUCGUUUCACUUCCUGGUGAGAAGUGAAAGCUGAUUGGAUGCUUAGGACUGUGUGUGCCUCUCACUCCUCUCUCUCUCUGGUGAUGGGCGUAUGAUGUGGAGCUGAUCGAUCACACAGCUGUAGCGAAGGGCGCACCCCUCCUUCACAGUCGAGCUGCGCAUAUGAUAAGAUUGGUGAGAUGUUAAACACUUCUCGAGGCGUUGUGAUAUCUGACUCUCUGUGCAGUCCUCUGUUAAAAAAUGGGAUGCAACCCAUGUUUAAGGACCAGUCUGUCUCUGUGACAUCGAUCUGGCUGUCCAACUCCACGAUUGGUCAUUGUCUCAGACACUAGGGUAGUAUAUUUGAGGGUAAACAUUUAGAUCAGGCAUGAGGCCUGUAAACUCAGUACCAGUGGGUACUCGUUUGUACAGGUCACUAUCUCAGGCUAUAUUCUCUCUGCCUAAAGUCUCUCCUAUCACCAGUCAGAACACACACAUCUUGUUUGUGGACACACACUUUUCUCAUCAGUGCCAUCUAUGGUGGUGCUUAAAGUCUGUACAGUAACCCAGCACUGAAAACAGCCACUCACUAAAAUUACAAACCAUAUAACAACAAAUCCCAUAGGGCCCGGUUCCUAGUCUAGUGGAGGAAGUGGCCGUGUUCGAGAGCAUCAAAACUAUGAUAUAUCAUGGGUAAAUUGUGACUGACUGACUGAUCUACAAAUAAUAAUAAGUUAUUUAUGAUGCAAGGUGAUUUGUAGCUAAGUCAGUCAGCAGUCACCUGCACGGUCAGCCGCAAUGUCGAACAAGCCCAGUGUCUGCUAUAUAGAGAACCUGCUUCCCAGAGCCAAAAGAACAUCAGGGAGAGGUAUAUACACCAAUCAGAGCUGGAUCUGCUAUGUGGGGUGUUGACUAUUGUAACUGUGUCAAGUAUUCAAUCUAAGUGUUGUUACCAGAGCACAACAUACACAGUUACACACUAUGUAUGAAGACUAUAGGCCUACUAUAUACAGAACCAGUUUUCAUCUAGUUCUCCUCCUGUCUUUUUGAUACAUAUAAGGGGAUUAAAAACAUCUGCAUAACAACACAUGUAAGAGUAAAUUCAGACUUGAUAUAAGAGUAACACACACAUAUCUAGAAUAUAAAUAAUGUCACCCCGGCACCAAAAGGGUAUUUAUAUCAUUGUGCUUUUAUUGUGCCCCGUUCAAGACAACUGGGAACUCGGAAAUCUCCGACGUCGGACUUCAGUGCGUUCAAGACAACUGGGAACUCGGGGAAAAAACGAGCUCCAACGGGGAAAAAUUGUUUUGAACGGUCAUUCGGAAUUCCAAGUCGGAAACUCUGGGAUCAUCCUAAAGCUGCGACUUCUCCAACCUGAAGAUCACUGAUGUCAUGAUUUGAACUCGUUUUAUUCUGAGUUCCCAGUUGUCUUGAAAGCACCAUUACUGUGUAGAUAAUGUCAUCAAUGAACUCUGAAUUUUGAGCUUGGUUUAGUAAUGGAGGCCAUCACCGUAUCCCGCUGUAACACAGCUGUGACUCAAAGAGAACAUGUAGAUUCCAUAUAACUCUCGCUUACAUAGACCAACUCUUAUCACAAACCAAUUCUUAAGCAGGUAUUUUAAAGCACACCUUCUGGUUUUCUGCUGGGGAAAAGAAGCCUCUGCCCAACGUUGUUGUAAUGCUGUAUGUGUGGACAGUGUACAAAACCCCAAACAAAGCAAAGAAUUGCAGUCCCUCUCUCACAUCUGCCUGUGCUUUGUAAAGGCUUAUAUUCUCCCUUGAAUCUUAAAAAAACAAACAUCUGAAAACAUUGUUUAAAUGUUGCACAAAAAUCUGAGCCCGUCAAAUUAGUUGAACUUGUACCAAGCGGCAUGGAGGACUGAAUUUCCUUCCGUUUGAACGAGUUUCACGGCCCCCUCCCCAACCCUGCCACACUGCAAAGUCCUGGUAAAAAUGCUGUGUCUCUUAUGAACUUUGAACUCCUGUUGUUUAACUCUUUAGAACCACUGAGAGACUGCAGUCUGCCAUCAGCUAGGCUAAGGCUCAUUAGCCUGUCCAUUUCCCAUGGAUGAGACACCUCUCUGCUAGCUCACACCAUUCCAUGCAUGCUCAAAAAAACAAAAAUACUACCCUUCUCCACUCACCUUUUCCUCCUAGACAGAGAAGCAUUCUGUAUCCAUGACAACACCCCCAAACCCCCAGUUUGACUUUUGACUCCUGACCCCUCUGACCUUUGAACCCAAUGUGGUGAUGUGUGCUGUACCCUCUUCUAGGUACCCUAUGCCCAUACUGUCUGUACUCCAUAGAAACAAACAUUUUUAUAGUUAAAGAAGAUUAACUCUUUUAUCAACCUCUUUCCUGUACGUACUCUACAGAGGGGCACUGUAAGCCUAAGUGGGGUUUUUAACAUUCACUGUAAGCCUAAGUGGGGUUUUUAACAUUCACUGUAAGCCUAAGUGGGGUUUUUAACAUUCACUGUAAGCCUAAGUGGGGUUUUUAACAUUCACUGUAAGCCUAAAUGGGGGUUUUAACAUUCACUGUAAGCCUAAGUGGGGGUUUUAACAUAACCAUGUUCCUUUUUAUAUGAACCAGUAUUAGUUGUUUCUUUGGUUUUUGUUUCUAAGUUCUGACAUAGUAAAAAUCCUUUCAGGUGCUAUAUGAUGACCAGUUACCGCUUUGUCACAUAGGAUAUAGACUCUCCUCAUUGUUGUCAAUAGUUUUAAUACGUUGUGCAGAGCAAAGACCGUCCCUUUAGGCAGUAGGACACCCAUCCACCAGACCAUAGAGCAUGUAACAUGAUUUUAUUGGUUCUCUUCAACUGUAACCUGACGAAAAAAAGGUGUUGUAGAAAAAAACUAUGUGGAAUUGACACAAAAAAAUACUGAAUUCCAGUUAAUUUAUUCUUUUUUCUAUUAAGACUUUGUAUAGGAACUUUCCAUUUUUCUAAAUGGUGUUGUUGGCACCUGAUGAUGGAUUGUCCAGAUGAGAAGAAUUGGUGGUUCUUCAGAUUAUGAAAAUAAAUUAUUGCUGAAUGUUCUCAA